AUGGCGAAUAUCGAUUGGGAUGCCAAGUCCUACCCGGGGAGCUACCAACCGGUGCAGUUGGACUCCUCGAAGUAUCAGCUCCCUUGCAGCGCUGUAGACUGGUGGAGCAAGCGAUCGUGCUGUUGCUGCGCAUGCUUCCCCUUAGCACACUGCAUCAACGGGCGAUGCAACCCCUGUCUCGCGCAGACUGUAGAUGCCUUGAAUCCUGAGAUUUACAAGAAGACCCUCCAGAUGAAGACGUUCUGCCCGGAAGAGAUGCGAGGGGUCUGGUGGCUAGAGGACAAUCUUGCGCACGAGACCCUGGUGAUCUUCAAUGAUGCAAAGUGGAUCCAGUCGGAAGACAAUCCUGCAAUUUGGUCAUUCUUUCAUGACCUGCCGCAAACUUGGUUUCGCGACCCCACACUCUUUGGGUACAUCCUUGGCAUAGCAGCUGCCUGGAAGAUGAACGAUUCAAACUGGACGAAGGAAUGGCAAGCCUUCGUGCCAAUAGUGUUCAAUUUCGAGAAAGGCAAGGCCUUCUUCAAGGACAAUGAUUGGAUCUUCAGGAUCAACGAGGACGAGUGGCAGAAGUCGGCCUUCAAAGUACUCCCAGAUGGCACAGUUACGGAUGAGGUCACCUACAUGUACCGCUGGCGGAGGGUGAUGCGUGGCGAUGGCUCGUUGACUUCGGCAUGGGCCGACAUGGAGGCGAUGAUGAAGCGGCCAUACAGGAACUGUUUCGACCCGUGGUGCCCUUGCUGGCCGCUUUGUAUUCCUGUGGCGGACAGGAACAUUGAGAUGGCGAAAUCCGGUGGUAUUCAGGUGGGCAUCUUCCCACCGGAACAGCGCACGGCUACGUUUUCGGGCUGCUGCUGCUUGCCUCCCUGUCCGUGCCCGUGCAUGUGUCCCCUCUUUGCCAAGGUGGACGGGCAAUGGGCAGAGCAAUUUGGGAGGGCAAGUGCGACGUCUUCGGCACCAGCGCAACAAGAGAUGAGCGAAGGUUACCAACCCAUCGCUCAGCAAUGA